GCCAUGCGGGGGGGAGGCGGCGGCGGCGGCGGAGGGGCGCGGGGCGCCUGAGGGCAGCGGGGGGCUCGUCCCGGCCGCGGGAGCCGGCGGGGCCCGGCGCCUGGGGCAUGCCCGGCGGCUCGCCCCGAUGUUUCACUGGGGCAAGUGGAAGAAGAGGAUGGGAGCGAGCGCCUCGUCCUCCAAGAGACCCGUGUUCGACGAGAGGGAGGACGUGAACUUUGACCACUUCCAGAUUCUCCGGGCGAUCGGGAAGGGAAGCUUUGGCAAGGUGUGCAUUGUGCAGAAGAGAGACACUGAGAAGAUGUAUGCCAUGAAGUACAUGAACAAGCAGCAGUGCAUCGAAAGGGACGAGGUUCGCAACGUGUUCAGGGAGCUGGAAAUCCUGCAGGAGAUUGAGCACGUGUUCCUGGUGAACCUCUGGUACUCCUUCCAGGACGAGGAGGACAUGUUCAUGGUGGUGGACUUGCUCCUCGGGGGUGACCUCCGCUAUCACCUGCAGCAAAACGUGCAGUUUACCGAAGAGACAGUCAGGCUGUACAUCUGUGAGAUGGCUCUGGCGCUAGACUACCUACGCAGUCAGCACAUUAUUCACAGAGAUGUAAAACCAGACAACAUUCUCCUGGAUGAGCAAGGUCAUGCACAUUUAACAGAUUUUAAUAUUGCAACAAUAAUUAGGGAUGGCGAGAGAGCAACUGCGUUAGCUGGAACAAAGCCAUACAUGGCUCCGGAGAUUUUCCAUUCCUUCCUGAACGGCGGCACGGGUUACUCCUUCGAAGUGGAUUGGUGGUCCUUGGGAAUUAUGGCUUACGAACUCCUUCGGGGCUGGAGGCCGUAUGACAUCCACUCCAACAACCCAGUGGAGUCCUUGGUCCAGCUGUUCAGCACUGUCAGCGUUCAGUACUCGUCCACGUGGUCAAAGGAGAUGGUUGCGCUGCUGAGGAAGCUGCUGACGGUGAACCCCGAGCACCGCUUCUCCUGCCUCGCCGACAUUCAGACGUCAGCCUACUUGUCAGCCGUGGUCUGGAGCGACGUGGGCGAGAAGCGCGUGGAGCCAGGCUUCGUCCCAAACAAGGGCCGCCUGCACUGCGACCCCACCUUCGAGCUGGAGGAGAUGAUCCUGGAGUCGAGGCCCCUGCACAAGAAGAAGAAGAGGCUUGCAAAGAACAAGUCGAGGGACAACAGCAAAGACAGCUCCCAGUCCGAAAAUGACUAUCUCCAAGAAUGCCUUGAAGCUAUCCAGCAAGACUUUGUCAUCUUUAACAGAGAGAAGCUAAAGAAGAGCCAAGAGCAGACGAGCGAGUCCGUGUCCCCCCCCGAAACCACCGAUGAAGCCGAGACGGAGGCCGAGUCUGAGACCUCCAACCUGAACAUGUGCAGCUCCGUGUGCUCCUCGGCGGGCAGCAGCUAGGCUGGGGGCCGCCGGCCACCCCCUCCCCGUCCCCCGUUCUCAGGUAGCGCUGAGUUAACACCGGCUGCGCUCCGAGACAGCCGGAGGCACGCGGCAGCUCGUCUCGCAGCGCUGUAGCAACACAGGCAGUUCUCACAGAACUGAACUCGGGACUUGGGCGGACGCCGGUCUGCGCACUGGGGUGCCUGUCGUGGGUAAGGGUCCUUGCUAUGCAACGAGUCGGAGGAAGGUAGACCGAUUUCUUUAUUCUUUUCUAAUGUCAGGUUGCUGAUCUGGACAUGCUUUUAACACACUGAGAUGCCAACACGCGGAGUUACAGCUACAGCAAAGGGGCACAGCAGGUGUGGAGCAGGAGGCAGGCUGAACGGGGCGCACGCUGUACUCCGGCACUCCCAGUACUGAGGGCUGCGUGGGGACGAAGCAGCCCCAGCGCCUCGCUGGUCCCAGAGGGUGGCAGCAGCCUGCUGAGAGCCAGGGGCAAUGCUGGUCCCGUGGGGCAGGGACGGUCCUGUGGCACCGGGAGGGGAUGGCCCGGGCACACCCUUGUCCCUUCAUCACCUGCCAGAGUCUUUUUCCCGACUCCCGGCAAAUAAAUGUUUUUUGUGCACUCCAUGGAUUCUCCUGGGGCUUGGUAAUGAUUAAACACAUAAUUGAUAUGUAAAAUGUAUUUAAAAUAUUUGCUUUCUUCACAUAGCUAUUGUGAGUUGCAAGGAGCUGUGCAAACGGAUCAUAUAACUCUGGUUCUGUUUGUCCAGGUUCGGAGGGUUUAUUUCACACAGAUGCAGAUUUUAGUGGAAACCAAGUGGGUGGCCUUACAGUGCUGCUCCGUCACAAAAAGAGGGGAGUACCUUACUUCACCCUUCGCUUUACUUUAUUUUCAGUGUAAAGUAAAACUGCUGUGUAUAAUUCACCAGUACCUGUUUUGCCUUCUUAGUAAGACAGGAGAUCUCUGACUUGUUCCAGCUGUUACCUUUCUUCUUGUUUCAGGAGCCUUCACUAUAUCAGUUGCUUAAUCUGCUGUACAGUGGCUUUCGGUUACUAUUGCUAAAAACGAGCCAUUGGGUCUGCUAACACAAAGCUGCUGUGAUAUGCAAAGGUUUCCUGAGCGCUGCAUUCACUUUACAGCUAUCAUAACGUUUGCUGCCAGCCGUUCAGGAGGUCGCUGGGUUUGCAUCCCUCGUGCAUAUUUUUAACACAAAAUGGGAUAGAAAACGUUUUUAACAGAUGCAGACUCUUUUAGAACAAAUUUUGUGUUCAGUGGAUGAAAUAGAAUGGCUUAACCAAUUUAAAACUCUUUUAUAUGAAAAAAAGACACAAAGCAUUUAUUUUCCACAGUUUUAUGUGGAAAUCAGUGAGUGACUGUGCUUGUGCAGGAACCAAACUUUCAGAAGUCUUUAAACAGACGUGUUCAGGUGUGCAGGCACAACUUUUACGGGGGGCUGGGGGAAGCCAGAGCUUUUAUACCAGUGGCACAGGGGUGUUCAGGACAGCGCCAGGCAGGCGGUGCACCCGAUGAGUGUCUCUGCAGUACAGCCCCGCGGCUCCACGGAGCGGUGCGAUCCCGUGCGCGGGGCUGGGGGCUGGCAGCAGGCACUGAGCAAGCCACAGGGAUAAAUGGGUCCCAUGGCAGCCCCGCUUCCCUGCAAGAGAUGGUCGUGGCUCUGCGCCUUGGGGGGCAUCAGCGCGGCGCUGGGGGCACGAGCAGCUCACGGAGCUGGGCUCUGCGGUGUGUCGGAACGAGUCCUGCCCGUUUGGAGGUACUGCGGGGUCUGCCGGUUGCUCCUCGGCCCUGUACCGUCUGCGUGCGUUGUGUUUCCCCCCCAGCCUCCCCGCAGAGCCAGCAGCACGGCUGUGGGUGUUGGGCACCAGCUGCAGGAGCAGCACGGUCACGGGAGCAGCACUUCAGCCUCGAGUCACAUAACCACAUGGAGCCGGGCUCUGUUUGGCUUCAUAACCCUGCUGCUGCGAGGGGCUGGAAACCUGCCUCGUGGCCUGCCGGGAGCCAGGUGGGCGUGAAAGGGGCAGGAUGAGGGUCACGAGAUGUUUUUAUUCAGGAAGUAUGAAUUACAGGUGAUUUACUUCACCGGUAUGAAUGGUUCUUUUCGUUAAACUCCAUUUUACUGUUUUGCUUCUUUCUGUAAAUAAUGACAAACGUUAGAGACUCUGAGAACAAGGAGAAGUGUGACUUUUAUUUGGGGACCAAAAUGCACCCUGUGUGGGAGGUACAGGUCCAUCCUGUUCAGCCUGCAAGCUCUCAGGCCAGAGGAGAUGUCUGCAGUGCUGUAGGACGUGUCUCAUCAGAGAUCUUCAUCGCUUUCUUUGGGACAUGUUACAAAUGGCCCGUAACACCCCGCUGCUGCGUGCAGACAUGGGCUGGCUCACUGCCCAGAGCCCAGAGCGCCUCACUCCAGAACCUGUCCUGGUCGUUGAUGUUCUCUUUGCAGCACUGCACGUCCUGUGUCAGUGCUGGAAAUGCCCUCAGCAGCGCCAAGCAGUGACCCGCAAAGCUUCUGGGGAGACACCGUGUCGGGGCUGACCCGGGGGCAGAUCCAGCAGGACACGUAGGGGAACGCAUUUGGGAACUCUCGUUUCUGCCUCGCAUCAGAAACUUCUGAAUCUGACUCCCUGGGGACAGGUGACACAGCGUAGACUUCCAGGAUCACUGUGCCGUGUAGAGACACCGUGAGUACGAUACAGUUUGGGUACUCGUUGCCAGUAACGCAUGGACACGCGCUUCACUACUGCCCACCUGGGGAACGGGCUUUAUUGAUGCCUGCUUAUGCAGAGACCCCAGAGAUGAAAUUGAAAGAAACGAGCAGUUGUACAAAGGAAACACGGUGAUAAAUGGGUACCUGUUUGCUUCACUGUCAAAAAAGCCCAGGAUGGGUUUUAAUGUGUCACCUCUGCUGUGCCCUGCUCCCUGUCGCUGUUUUGUUUGUGUCUGUAUGUUGUCACCUCAAUUCCUGCUGUGGGGCCAUUGUUUGUCACCUUGGGGUGUCGGGGCCACUCUCUCACUGCUGUCCAUGGCGUGUGGGCUGGGAUGGGUUCACAUCAGCUGCACUGCAGCCUGUCCCCGUGCUGCUGUCCCCUGUGUGCCCGGCUCCCCGCGGCCCCGUGCCCAGCACAUGCCCUGGAGCAGAGCGUGGUGCCCGCGGCCGUGCGGGGUGCUUGUGCCAGGGCAGCAGCACAGGCACCGAGGCUGUGGGGCGUACGCCCUGUGGAAGGGCUGGUUCCUAGGAAAACCGUGUUGCUUUGAAGUCCUCUGAGCCGUUUCUGUCCUUCUGUUCUCCCUCUGUUGCUUCAGAGCCUGAUUCAGCUCCGGGUGUAAGCAAAACUCAUGGUGAAGUCGUGAAGCACUACCGCUACCAAACCCGUAAGGCAGAGCCUGGCAGUUGAUCCAGCUCUGGUUUACAUCUCCACUAGAACCAGAAUACAAUAAUUUUCUGUAUAUAGAUAUUUAAAUACAUGUAUUUUUUGUAUGACAGAUUUAUACAGGGUGUGCCAUUAUCUGCUGUGGAAAGUCUGCAUCACCUAUAAAUUAUUCUCCUUGAAUUCCUUGCCAUAAGAGUUUCUUAUCUCCGUUGUAUUUUGAAGUUCUGCAAAGUUGCAUAUUUUUAAGUGUUUCCAUUGAAUUACACAGACUUCACUGGGAAUUUUGCAUAGAAAACAAAUGCCAGAUCAGGUCCGGAUGUUUCUUCUGUUGCCAGUUCUUUAUUAUUGCUCUAUACCUUGCCAAACAGAGAGUAGGAGUAAUAAUAGCAAAAACGCCAAUAAUAUGGACUUGCCAUUGGACAGUGCCGAAAUCCUGCUGCCUUGGUAGGGUAUAGUUUUUAAUUAUUUCCGUGUAAAUUGGAUAUGUAAAGCAUAUCUCUGUAUUUUCAGUUCAUACAUUUCUGUACUUUUACUGCAUGACAAUACUACCACGUCACUGAAGAUUUCAGUUAUGACAACAAAUUUGUGUUUUUGCAAAUCCUGCAAGAAGCCAUUGCAUAUGUGGAGUAAUAAAUGUGUGUUUUUAACAUUGCCAA